UCUUGUCUGAAAUGUGCCAUUGUGAGAAUUCAAAAUUUUAAGUCUUCACGGUUGUAAAUAUUUCAAAUUGUGAAUCCUAUCAAUCUUAUAUUGUUUUUAAUGAGCGAAGUAUUAAAAAAAAAGUAAAUCAAUAUGUUUACUAGUAGUUUAACAGCUGGGUUGGCAUCAUCUGACUUAUGUAUGUACGUACAUUAUAAUAAAUGAAAUUUGUAAGGAAAUUGUAGUAUGUAAAAAGUUCUGAUCACUAUAGGUAAUGAUUUUAUAAAUUAAUAUGCUUUUAAUUGAGUUGUAACAAUAAUUUUUCCAAUCAAAUUGAAUGUCAGUUUGGUAUUUAUCUCUUAAUUGAUACUCAAAGCCAUCUACUUUGUCCCGUACACUUUCGAUUUUAAUCGAGAUUGGAUUUUGAAUUUACCAUGUUGGGUUUGAAUAAGAUUCAUCAUUAAUUUAAGAUGGUGAUUGUUUGUUUAUACACUCAUAGAUUCUGUUUUCUAAUAUCUAUUUACAUUCAAAAUGAAGAUAUUGAUUCAUUAUGAUACUGAGAAUUCUGUUCAGCAGCUUAAAAUCUUCUGAACUCUUGGUUUGCUUUAUAAACAUGGAUAAAAGAACACAGGAUCUCACAAAAAUACAUGGUUCUGCAUCACUUCCACUUGGUCAUGCAAUUCUUGAUGAGCAAUCUCAAUGGACUAGAUGCAAUUCUUUUUCCUCCUGUUCUAAUGACUCAUCAGUGUUUUGCAGCAAUCGUCCUUCACAAAAUUCAAUUUUUCAAGCUGAUAAUCACUUAAUGAAUGAUGGGCAACACUCCUCGCUUUUGUCUAAGAGAAAUCGUAAUUCAUCUGGUUCUUCUCUAUCUAGUACUGUUUCAUCUGCAAGUGAUGGAGGCACGAAGAACACUUCUGUCAUCAUAACAUCCACUUCUCUUCCUAAAGUUGUCAAAACUGAAAUACGGAGUGAAAGUUUGUCAAGGUUAUCAUGUCCUGAAAUAAGUCCUAACAGUUUUAACAUUAAGCAUGAGACAUUAUUGUCAUGCUCAAGUUCCAAAAGUUCUAUCUUGCCAUUUAGGCAUAAUUUGAGGAGGAAGAUACGUAAGAAAACUUGCAGCUGUGAUUGUACUACAACAUGCACAACCCUUGUUGUCAGACGUUAUAAGGAAGAAAAUUUAGAAGAAGAAACUGUCAUAUCAAGCACAAAGGUUCAGACAUGUGUUCAGAGUAAUGCCACUCAAGGAAUUCGUAAUGCUUCAUUUGAUAAAAAUUUCUCCUCAGAAAAAACUGAAAAUAACAGAAAACGUAGGUCUGAGGUUGAAAAAUUAUAUGAUUCUCUCCAUGAGAUUAAAUGGGCCAAAAAUUUUUCUCCUGAUAACAUUUUACGGCAGCUUAAUAUUAGGCAAGCAGCAUCAUGUUCUGUAUUUGGUAAAACUUCCCCUAAAAAAUCAAAUUCUACUGUUUCUAAACCAUCUAAAAGACCAAAAUAUGAUAAUGAACAUUCACUAAGCCCAUCUAAUAAUCAGUUGGCUUGCCUAUCUAAUUCUAAAGCUUCUUCAGUGAAAAAGAAAUCUAAUCGAACUGUUAAAAAUCAUGUACGAACAAAUCUUACUCUCAGAAGUCAUUUAAAAAAUGCUGCUUUAAAAGAAAUAGACUCUUCAAUUGAUACAAAUGUUAGUAAGCAAUCAUCUUCUAAAGGCCUUAAAAUGUCAAAUAUGCUUAAAUCUAAUGAUGAAGCUAUAAUUUGUUCUCCACUUAAAAGUGCACGCAUUUCUUUAAGAAAUUGUAUUGAUCCUUCAGGUUCAUCUUCUGUUAUACAGAAAAAACAGAAACUCUUAGAUAAAGGAGAGAAUGAAGGAUGUCCAUUAUUUACCAAAGCUGAAUCAUCUUCUUUGCCAAUAAAUUAUGUAUUAAAUUUAAAAGGAAAUCCAGAUAUAGAAAUUGAUUGUCCAAAUUUAAUGUCUGAUUAUUCUUCUACAUUUUAUGACAUAGCUGAAGAAGGAAUACGUACAAUUGAUGCUUGUUUUAGAGAAGUUGGAGCUGAAGUUGUUGUUUCUACUUGUUUUGAAGAUGAUGAUUUACCUCGAUUAACUGCUAUUAGAGAUAAUGUGUUAGACAAAUGUUCACCUAUUGAUGAUGGACCACCUGUUUUGGAACCAUGUGUGUCUCUUCAAGACCAUGUGCGCUUACAGAAUAUUGAAUGUAAAGUGGCAUCUGAUUUUCCAGUUUCUGACAAAUCAGAUUCUGCUCUCAAAUAUAGGUAUGACAAAAAUAUACAUUGUUCCCCGAAGCAUGAGAAAAUAAUUUUUACUCAGAACUCCUUACAAGAAAGUUUAAUCAGUGAUGAAGACCAAAAUCCAGAACAAACUAUUAAUGGUCUUAAGAAUGUGCAUACGAAUUCUGUAAGUAGCCAUGUAGAUAAUUCAGUAGUUAAAGAUACAUGUAAAAAGAUUUCAAAUAAGUAUUUAAAACUUUUACGUUCUAAAUCUCGAACUUUGUCUGUUGAGAAAACUGAACCUAUUAAAAAAGAGAAAAGUUCUUCCAUUUCAUCUAUAACUAGGGCAGUUGACCCUAAUAUCACCAUGAACAAAACCUUGUGCCAGGAUAACAGUGUUGCAUCAAAUUCAUCUACAAUUUGUCAUAUCCCUUUUGACUCAAAAGAAUUGAGUUUUAGAACUGGUGGUGAAAAGCCCCUAACUACUACAAUUUCACAGACAUCAAAUAAAAGUGUAUCCUAUUCCAAUUUUCCUAAAAGGAUAGCCUUUAACCAGAGCACCUCCAAUUCUUUUACAGUUUCAAAUGACAAAAAAUCAUUCAGUCAUAUUAGUACAAGUACCAAAAAUUUAAGAAAUCAGUCAAUAAUUGUUGAAGAAAGUAGCACUAACUUUUUACAUGUGAAACAUGCUCGUCCUCCGCAAGCAAUAAAUUAUGUGGAAUUUAAAAGUGCAACUACAGGAAACGAAAAAAAGCCAGUGAAAGAAGAAAUUCCAAGGCUACUUGGUGCUACUUUCACUUGCCAUUAUAAGACAAUAAAAGUGUAUCACCUGAGCGGUUGUCUGCAAGUACAGUUGAAACUAAAUAGAGGAUGUUCUAUAUUCCUUACUGUAGAGACAUUAGCGGAAUUAAAAGAUGCAUUGCAAAAAACGAGUCAAGACCCAAAUUGUCGUAUUUUUAUUUUAAAUGGUGUUGGUGAUUCCUUCUGCUUAGGUCUUGAUUUACUACCUCUUUUAGGACCCCAGAAGGUUAAAGCAUCAACUGAGAUUGCAGUGGCAGUGAAAGAAUUUAUGGAAGUAUUAUCCAGUUAUAAAAAGGCUUUUGUAGCAGUUGCAAAUGGAUCUGCUUUUGGGUUAGGCAUGACAAUCUUAAAUCAUGCUGAUGUAUGCAUUGCAAGUGAUACUGCUAAAUUCUGCUUGCCACAAACAAAUCUAGGUUACUUUCCUGAAGGUGGGGCUACUCUUACCUUACCACAAGCUGUGGGUUCUACUGUGGCUAUGGAUCUGAUUUUAAGAGGACGUACUAUAACAGCCCAUGAAGCAAAAAACAUUGGCCUAGUGUCUGAAGUUAUGGAAGCAAAAUAUCUUCCUUAUAAUCUUGUCUCACGGGUGAAAACAUUAGCUAAAAAUUCCACAACAGGAAUGGAAACUGCAAAAGCAAUGUCGAAAAUGCGACUUCAUGUGGAGCUUCUUAUGGUUCUGGAAAAUGAAGUGAAAUUACUUCCCAAAAUGUGGCUCUCUCGGUCAUGUCAGGAAGCUAUACAGAAUGCUUCACAUACAUGGCUCUUGGCAGAGUGAUCAUUUUUUUAAAAAUAAAUCAGUGUGUAUCUUGUACAUGAAAGUGAAAUUAUAUUUUUAACUAUCUGGUCCUUUAUUAUUAAAGUUUGUAUAUAUUGAGGACUCGUAAUUAUGUGCAUGAGAUUGAAGAUUUUAAUUGCAUGAUUAGAAUCAUGAUAAACAUUGAGAUAAUAAUUGCUGUUUAACAAUUUCAUCAAUUUAUUUUUGCAAAAAGAAAAAAACAUAACAGGUGAAGCAUUUUUAAUCUGAUAGAUUAUAGUUACUCAAAUCUGCAAUGACAUUUGUGAGCUUGUACACCAUUUGUUUUGAAAUGGUGUCUUAAUUAUUUUAUUUUUCAAAUUACAGUUUCAGUAGUUCCUCAAUGAUUUGAAAUGUUACUAAACUGGGACUGUUUUAAUUUUUAAUAAUACCUUUGGUCUUACAUAGUUGUAAAUAUUUGAAUAAUUAUGGCUGUGAAUUAAAUUGUCGUUUUUAUUUUAAGGACAUUCAUUUUAAAACUUAACAGAUUUACAUAUUUCAUUUCAUACAGUGUCAUCUUUCCAUCACUUUAUAUUGGGCUGUUAUUGAAGGUGUUCCCCCCUCCCCCCCUUCAAAUGUGUAAAGCAGGUCUAAGGAGUAAUAAAUCAGUGCAUCAUCAGAUUUUUUUUUAUAUAUAAAGUAACUACAAAAGCUCUCUGUAUUUAAUAAAUUGUGUUAUUCAAAAGAAUUGGGAAUGUUAAAAAAAAAAAAAAAAGUUAUCACAACUGCAUGAACAACAUGUAAAAAGUAUGUUUGGAAAUACUUUCGAGUUGUAAAGAUCAUUUCUUUAAAAUUUGUUCUCUUGUACCUGUGCAUCUAUCAGUGCUUUUAAUAAUCGAAAUGCUAAUAAUAUUGAUCUUAUUCUAUUUUUUACCAUUUUAGAAAUACAGUGAAAUCUCUCUGCAGUAGCCAUACUCCUUUCCAAGCAGGGGGUCUCAUUUUUUAAAACCAAAUAUUUGUUAAAACGAAACUUAGUUCAUUGUUUCUGAUGCAAUUAAUUCUAAGACUUAUAUGAAAAACAUCAUUUAGUUUUUUUCCCCCACAAUUUUAUUCUUAAAUUGGAAAAGAAAAUCCCUAACCGAUUUUUAACCAAGUUCCUGUUGUCAUACUAAUGUAUCUUUUUUGCACACUUAUUUGUCUUCAGAAAAGAACGUUUGAGCAUUCUUUAAAGAUCAGAGAUAAUAUUUAUAGCAAAAAAGGCUUUUUACUCUGUAUUCAGUAUAACAACAACCAUUUGAAUCUGGCAACGUAAUAGAGACUAGAAUUUACCAUCCUGGUCUGACUUACACAGAAGAGUAUAAAUUGGAGAGUGAUUGAGGGAACCAGUAGAGGCUGAAAUUCAUAUUCUGUCCUCAUCGUAAAAGGCAUUAUUUAUUUUAUUUUAAUUUCUGAUGAUAUUUUCUUUGGAGGAAAAGGGUGCAUGUACUUCCCCACCUUUCUUUUCACCUCUUUUUCUAAAUAAUUGAUCACAGAAGACCCAAGGAAUGAAUUUCAUUGAAGUUGAAUGGAUGAACUUACUCCAUCUGUUUAGGUAGUUUUGGUGGCCAUUUCUAGAGAAUAUUUUUAUGUGUCUGUGGGCCAAAAAUAUCAUGCCAAACUAAUGUAGCUAUUUAGAGAAGUGACUUUUGUAUGUGUAUGGAAGGAGAGUCUUUUAAAGAAGUUUUUCUAUAUUAUUAUAUUGCAAAGUAAUUUGUUUAAAAAAACUACAUGCCUUUUAAGAGUUGCUAAUUCAUACUAGACAGACAAUAAGCAUUAAAAGGUUGUGUAUUGUUGUUUUCCAGGAGUGGGCGCUUCAGAGAUUUUACUGUAUUUGAAUAUAAGAAUUUACAAUUAUUUUGUUUUAUAGCUUCAUUAUAAGGAUUUUAAAAUUUUAUAUUUGUUCAUAAUUUUGUAUGUUAUCCUUCUCGUUCCCUUGGGCUGCCAAAUAGGAAUAUGCAAGUUUUUUUUCAUACAUAUUAUUUAUAUGAACUUAAAUGUUAUGUUUGUAUCAAUACCAAAAAUGGAUAGUCUGGAAGAAAACAAUAAAACUUAUUUAAAUAAUUGACAUAACUAUAUUAGUCAAGAAUAUACACAUAACCUCUUUUUUUUUAAAAAUAUAAAUAUUUUUAAAAAUUGUAUUUAAUUUUAUCUAAAAGUAGCUUGCUUAUUACUAUAAGUGACAAUUUUCUGGGUUGCCACGCCACUGGGAAAACACGGGUAAUUUAAAAAUCGUCUUUAAAAAAAUGCUGGAAAAUUUGAAAAAAUUUUUAAGUUUCUUUUCUUUCCCCCCCCCCCAUCUAAAAAUUGCAGAUCUCUAAAGAUUGUAAGAAUAAAAGAUUGUGGUUAUAGCUUCCAAAAAUGAAACAAUACCAUUCGCGAUUGUGUAAUAUGGAAACUCGUCCCUUUUCUACUCUCUGCCCUUUUUUUCUAUUUAGAUCAGCCCAGUUUUGAUUUACAAGAUAGUUGUUCUCUUCUCAUUAGAUUCCUGAAUUGCUGCUAAUGAGCAUGCUUGAGACUUCUAUAACUGUGUGAAAGAAACAAAUACAUUUCUCUGGCAGGAACAUUCUAUCUGCUGUGGUGUUUAGUCUACCAUAUUUGAGUUGAGUCAAUCUUGAUUUGACCGAAUGGGUCCGAGAAGUUCCAUAAAUCCCUUUGUUGUAUACUGUUCGCUUUUUAAGAUACUAACCCUAUUUAAUAUGAGAAAACAAACACUUACUAAUCAUGCCAAAAGAGAAAAACAUACAAGACUGCCUGAAAGGUCAAAAACAUCAUCAUUGAUGUUGAAAGUAUCUGAAAGGAACUCAGAAAAAGAUAACAUAUCAAAUCCCAAAAUGUCAAAUUGAAUCUCUGAAAAUAAACUGAUUUCAAACUUUUUAGUUCAAAAAUUAUUGAAUUUAAAGCUAAAUUUUUAUAGGCAUUGAAAUUUGUUGCAUCACAUUCAUUCUUUUAAUGCAUUUGAUAAUAUAUUGGAAAUAUUUUCACAUAUGUUCACUGAAAGUGAAAUAGCUAAAAAAUGUAUGCUAGGCCAUGCAAAAAUGUAGUGCUUUUAUUUGUUAGAUUAGUUCCAUGAAAAUGAAGGCUGAAAAAUUUGCAGAGGUGGUAAAAUUGAUGCCCAAAUACAUGAAUUGACAAAAAUGAAUAAACUAAAAAGUUAAUCUUGCUUUAUAAUGUUUUUCUGUUGCUGUUGUUGUUGUUAAGUAAUCAUUAAAUGAUUUAUAUCAUGAUAAAAUAUAUUUUGUUUUAUUUUACCCGAGUCCUUAAUUUUCAGUGACUUACAAUUAAAGAACAUGAGGGGUAAUAUAUUUCCUUCCCCCCCUUAUAUGAAUUUUGUCUUACUAAAUUCUACAUAAGAAAUAAAAUGUUUUUUUGUAUGUAAAAAUAAACCUUCUUUUAGUAUGCGAUUGUUUUGAAUAAUAUUAAAUUUUCGCUUCCUUUCCUUACUUUUUCCACUCCUUAAAACCAUAUUGCAUUAUAGUACAUGAGUGCUGUUCUCACAUUUCCUCAUAUCUGGAAUAUAUGUGCAGGGAAAACACAAGAAUUUUUUUUUUUCUUUUUCCAGAUGAGUGGCAACCCUGAUUUUGUUGAAAAUGUACUAAAAUUGCAGCUAUGUUACAAUUUUCAAAAGAAAAUUGGUUAUGAGGAUAAAUGUAUUAUAGAAUCAGUUGUAUCUUAGUCAUAUACUAUUUUAAAAUUUGGUAGUUUUCAAAUAGAAUUCUAAAGGUAAUAAAAACUAAGAAAAAUUCUUUCAAAGUUGUGAAGCGAUUAUGCUUGCUUUUCAUAUUAUGGUAUUUUGGUUUAUUGACAGCUUCGGUAAUAAGAUUUACUUCAUUAUAUCAUUGAUUGAUUCACCAAAUAAUUUUUAAUUUCAUUAAAAUGUGUUAAAAGUAUUUGAUUUGUUAAAUAAACUUUUUCAGGAUUUUUUUUUUUUUUUUUUUUUUAAUAUUUCCAAAAUAUAUUUUACAUUUCCAUGGUGGCACAAUAUACCCUGAAUAGGGUUUAAAAAAUAAUGGGUAGGGAGGGGAGGGAUGAGAGAAUCUGUAUCUAUAUCUUAUCUGUAUUUCAAAUAUAUGUUAUAAAGGAAAUGUAAAGACAUAAAUAUUAUAAUUGAAUUUUGUUAUUAAAGUGUAUUUGCAUAUCUUUAAAAAAUUCAAAAGAGAUUAUAUCAAAAUGAAAUUUUUAAUGCAUUUUAAAUUAGUAAUCAAGUAAAAUCAGCUCGUUCUAAUUGGUUUUGUAAAUUAUUUAUAUAAUUAUUGAUUUAUGAGAAUUUGUACCAUAAUAAAAAAGUUUUGGUCUCUUUAAUUUUACGAUUUCUGAAUCAAUUUGUCAUGCAGUAGUUGUUAGUAUUAAAAUGGAUUUUGCUGGUUAAGUUGGUAUAUAUAUGGAGGGAAAAUGGCUGUGACUUCAGAAAUUUUUGUUUGAUUUCAUUUCAAGAUCUCAAUUUAACUUCAGAUGCUAUUAUGGAAUUCAUUAUUCAUUUCAUUGAAAACUUUUGUACCUGACAAUGGAAUGAACUGCAGAAUGUACAUAAAGACUAUUUGCAUUUGUAGUGAAAUAUCAGAUAUUUAAAAAAAAUAUUUGAGGAUUGUUAAUAGCUCAGAUUAUAGACCUGGAUGUUUAUUUUUGGUAUUCAGCAUUAAAAGAAAAAUCAUACAUAUUUUUUGAAGAUCACAAUAUUUGAAUUGGAGCCUCUCUUUUGUAUUGAAGGCUUGACAUGUUGUAAAUUAUCAGAAAGUAUUAAUCUUAACUGACUGCAUAUAUAUUCAAUGUUAUUUGUCUGAAUGUUUUCUAUUAAUCAGUUCAUAAGAUGGAUUCUGAUAAAAGAUACUAGUGCAUAAGUUAAAUCAUUAAAUUGUUCCGGAUCAUUUCAUUUGUACUCAUUUUUCAUGAAAAUGCCUUAAAACCUCAAAUAUACAUUGUUCAUCUGACCUUGAGUAAUUGUCCUGUAAAAAAAUUUUUUAAUAUUACAUUUUCUAAUAUUUAGAACAAAAUCAUCUGUAUUUAUUUGUUGUAUUUAUUAAAUUUAUUAAUUUGACUGGCUUUAAUAUUGUGCACAAUGAUUAACAAUCUUGCUCAAAGUUUGAGUAGUCUUUGUAUAUAUUAUAAUUGAAAUAAAAUCUUUGAGUGAUACAAUCAUUAGAACUUAUUCAAGGUAAAAUGC